AUGGACAGCAAGGGUCGGCAAUCUUCUGCCGGCAAGUUCUUCGGACGACGCCUGCACAAAGACAAGGACAAGCACACGGGCGACGCCAAACAUACCACCACAUCGUCCACCGACAGCCCCCCGGGGAGCUCCCAUGGCUCGCUCUCGUCACGACACUCACACAGACACUCCAUCGGCGGCGCUUCGAUAGACCAGCGGCCCGUGUCCAUGACGGCUGAGGGCAUCUUCGCGCGAGCUGGCCCCGUAUCCUCCAUCGACCCCCCGCGAGACGACGCCUCCAAGAACGCCGAACCGCUGCCGCACCACCUCAACAAGGGCGGCGGCGACUUCCAUCAGUACCCCGUCUUCAACGCCACCGCAAUGCCCCAGAACGGCUACUCCAACCCGGGGCCACCGCGCCCUCCGCCCCAUUCGCUCGGCACCACCAUCGCCUCGAGCAACCCAGGCGACCGCGGCGUCUCGAUGCAGCAGUGGGGCGCGCGCGGGAGCAGCAGGGACGGCAACUACUCAUACUACGCCGGCACUGACUCCUCCAACAACACGCGCACCUCGUCCGACCAGGCGAGCAUCUACAGCAAUGACUCCAAGUCGCGCGGCAGCAACGUCUUCUACCCACAGAACCCAUCUCAGAGCACCAUCUCCUCCAUAGGCCUCGAUGCCGGCAGUCUCCUCCCCACCGCCGUCUCCACCCCCCGCGACUCGCACCGCCAUCUGCUGCACUACAACUCCUCCUCGCCCUCCGCGUCGCAGACCUCGUUCAACCAGAACACGCUCAGCAUACAACGGCCGCCAGACCAUGUCGUAGAGAAGGAGUUCAUGAACCUCAUGGUGAAGCGAGGAUGGAAGAGCUUACCAGAGCAGGCGCGGCGGCAGAUGGAGGCCUACAAGAUUGACAAGAAGUGGACCCUCGUCUAUCAGGACAAGCUGGCCGAGUUCAAGCACGAGGAGAAGAAGCGCCAGACGCAGCGGAUAACCUACGGCGGCCCCGGUGCAGGUGGUGGCCAAGACAUCCUCAUGCGCGCAGAAGAGGAGGGUUCACCCGAGUGGUACGUCAAGAAGGUCAUGGACAAUUCCAUAUCUAUAAAACAGAUGUCGAGUUUGGAGAUCAGUCUGCGAACACAGCCCAUCGCCUGGGUCAGGGGCUUCAUCGAAGCGCAGGGUCAAAUCGCCCUCACGAAUGUGCUGGCCAAGAUCAACCGCAGAAAGACAACAGGGCCGGCGCCUCCUCCCAGCGUCAUGGCGCAAAAGGCGGAGAACGACGUCGAACGCGAAUACGAAAUCAUCAAGUGCUUGAAGGCUCUGAUGAACAACAAGUACGGUGCCGACAACGCCCUCAACCAUCCGUCCAUCAUUCAGGCGCUGUGCGGCUCUUUAAUCUCCACGCGGCUCAACACACGAAAGCUCGUCUCAGAUGUCUUGACCUUCUUGUGCCAUUGGGGCAACGGAAGUGGACAUGAGAAAGUACUGCAGGCACUCGACAACCUCAAAUCCCAGUAUGGCGAAAGCAGUCGCUUCGAUGCAUGGAUGCGCAUCGUCGAAGUCACGGUCGACGGCCGUGGCAAGAUGGGCUCCAUGGUAGGCGCUUCAGACGAAGUCCGCAGUGGAGGUAUCGGCGUAGAGAACCUGCUCAUGGAAUACGCCAUCGCGACACUCUUCUUGAUCAACAUGGUUGUGGAUGCCCCGGAGCGCGACCUGCAGCUCAGGAUGCACGUGCGAGCCCAAUUCACAGCAUGUGGCAUCAAGCGCAUCUUCAACAAGAUGGAAGGCUUUCAAUACGAUGUCAUCGACAAGCAGAUCGAGCACUACCUGGACAACGAAGCUGUCGACUAUGAGGAUUUCCUUCAGAAGGAGAACAGCUCCAUGGUCGAGGGCGUCGAAGGCGAAACCAAGGAUCUCAACGACCCUCUGCAAAUCGCAGACGCUAUCAUGAGCAAGAUUGGUGGCACUCGCGCGCAAGACUACUUCACGUCAGCUAUGCAACACUUGCUGUUGAUGCGAGACACUGAGAGCGAGGAUCGAUUGCGAAUGUUCCAAUUGGUGGACCAAAUGCUGAGCUACGUGGCUAUGGACCGCCGACUGCCAGACAUGGACCUCAAGCAGAGCCUGAACUUCACUGUGCAAUCUCUGCUUGACAAGCUGUACACCGAUUCUGAAGCCCGACAGGUUCGCGAUGAAGCAGUCGAAGCACGACAAAUCGCAGACUCGGCUAUUGCAGAACGCGAUGAGAUGAAAGCGCAGCUGGAGUUGGGUGCAGAUGGCUUAGUCUCUAAGCUGCAGAAACAACUUGCGGAACAAGAACGUAUCAUUGAGCUCCGUGGUAGGCAAGUAGAGACGAUGAAGGCCGAACUAGCGGAAAUGCAGAGGAUACGAGCACAAGAACUGCAACGCAACGAACUGGAGACGCGAGAACUGUACUUGAUGCUUAGGGAUGCUCAAGACGUAGCAGCGUCGGCAGCGAAGAAGUCUGGUAAGGACGGGCUCGCUACCACCGAUCCAGCUCAAAUGCAGGGUAUCAUGGACCGCGAACGUCUGAUGAACAGACUGGAGAUCCAACUGCAACGAGCCAGGACACAAGCAACACUGGAGGGCAAGUCCCUGCAGAUGCAGCCCAGCGAGAAGCUUCGGGAACUGCGAGAAAAGAUGGAGGGCGACAUGCCUGGCAUGACCGAACAGGGCUAUGGUGGCCUCGAAGCCAGCUCAUUCGGAUCAGUACGUGCCAAAAGUGGAGUGCCCCGCAGGAAGCCCCUCCCUGGCCUUCCUGGCCAGAUUGGUGAGGAUGCUGAGAUGUCGGAGAUGGACGAUGAUGAUGCUGUCAUUGAGAAGCCCCGUCUGAUCCAGAUGCACAAGCCAAAGCUCAGCACUUCGACAGCCAAUGCCCUCAUGGCGGAUAUCACGGCGAACGUCAAGCGAUACGAAGACUCUGAUGCUGAAGGGGAUGGCGUUACUACAGGACCAUCGCAUCCCAGCCUCGAAUCCGACUCACCAAAGACGCCUGGCGAUAAUGAGGCACCCAAAGCCAACAUCCCUCCACCUCCACCCCCGCCUCCUGGUGCCCUUGGAUUCUCGAACAACAUUCCUCCUCCGCCUCCUAUGCCCGGUACUGCUGGACCUCCACCACCUCCGCCGCCGCCGCCUCCGCCAGGCAAACUUGGCUUCAAGCCCGGAAUCCCUGCACCACCUCCUAUGCCAGGAGAUGGCAGCAUGCCACCUCCUCCACCACCGCCACCACCAAUGCCAGGUGCCAAACGUCCUGGAUUCAUGCCCAAGGCGCCUGGAUUUGGCGCUGCCCAACAAUUUGCUCUUUCUGGACCGCGACCGAAGAAGAAGCUUAAGGCCCUGCAUUGGGACAAGGUCGACCAACCUACUACCACUGUCUGGGCCACUCGCGGUCUCAGCUCGGAAGAGAAAGAAGAGAAGUACCAGGAGUUGGCAAGGAAGGGUGUUUUGGAGGAAGUCGAGAAGCUCUUCUUGGCAAAGGAGAUCAAGGCGAUUGGCAAGAAAUCUGGCAAGAAGGACGACAAGAAGCAGAUCAUCUCUCGCGACCUCAUGCACAACUUCCAGAUCAGUAUGGCCAAGUUCUCAUCGUACGGAGUUGAAGAUAUCGUAAGGAUGAUCAUCCACUGCGACAACAAGAUUCUGGAUGACCCUGUCACUAUGGAGUUCUUGCAGAAGAACGACUUCUGCGAUAUUCCCGAUAACACCGCCAAGCUCAUGGCUCCUUACUCGAAGGACUGGACUGGACCCAAUGCUAGCGAGAGCAAGCGCGAACAGGACCCGAACGAACUCACACGAGAGGAUCAGAUCUACCUUCUCACUGCCUACGAACUGCACCACUACUGGAAGAGCAGGAUGAGGGCGCUUGCCCUGACUCGCACGUACGAAACUGAGUACGACGAGAUUUCCAACAAGCUGCUAGAAAUCUCAAGGGUAUCCGAGAGCCUGCGUGAUUCGUCAAGCUUGAUCAGUGUUCUGGGUCUCAUUCUCGACAUUGGUAACUUCAUGAACGAUGCCAACAAACAAGCCAGUGGUUUCAAGCUCUCUACUCUGGGGCGAUUGGGUAUGCUCAAGGAUGACAAGAACGAGUCUACAUUCGCCGAUGUCGUUGAAAGAAUCGUCCGCAACCAAUACUCUGGAUGGGAAGGCUUUACCGACGAGAUCAGUGGCGUUGUAACAGCCCAGAAGAUCAACGUCGAGCAACUUCAGACCGAUGCCAAGAAGUAUAUCGACAACAUCAAGAACGUUCAGAUGUCGCUAGACUCUGGUAACUUGUCUGAUCCGACGAAGUUCCACCCAGAGGACAAGGUCGCCAUUGUUGUGCAGAGGAACAUGAAGGAGGCUAGGAGAAAGGCAGAGCAGAUGCAGGUCUUCCUUGAGGACAUGCAGAAGAGCUAUGACGACAUUAUGGCGUUCUAUGGUGAAGAUCCGACCGACGACAGUGCGAGGAGGGAUUUCUUUGCGAAGUUGGCCAACUUCGUCCAGGAAUGGAAGAAAUCCAAGGAGAAGAACACCACUCUCGAAGAGCAACAUCGUCGCAACGAAAUUUCCAUGCGUCGCAAACAAGCGCAAACCGCAAACCCUCUCUCACCCAAUGCCCUCUCCUCGGACUCCGAUGCUCCCAAAUCACCCGCAUCCACCGGUGCCAUGGACGACUUGCUCCAGAAGCUACGUGCUGCUAAGCCCGAAGCAAGAGAUCAACGCGAUCGCCGUCGUCGCGCCCGCUUAAAGGACAGGCACCAGGUACGCGUGGCUAGUGGCCAGAAGAUCCCAGAGAUCGGCGUCAACAUGGAAGAUGGCGGAGAGGGUGCCGAGGGUGAGGACGAGAAGAACAAACUGCUCAGUCCCACCAGCGAGACUGCGGAUAGCGAGGCUAGUAGCACCGCUGGUCCUGCAGCAGCUGCCGCCGCCGGUACCGCAGAAGCAGACAUCGCAGACCGCGCUGCUGCCAUGCUGGAAGGUCUUCAGUCCGGAACUGGCCUAAACAAGGAUGGGUCACUAUCCGUCAGGCGGAGAAGAGAGAGCGCGGACACGGAAAGACAACGAAGGAGAAACCGACGCAAUCAAGCUUCCGCCAAAAGCGAAGACGGAGGUAUCUUGAGCCCGACUGCCAUACCCGAAGAAGGCGAAAGUAUCAUCGACGGUGAUGGCGCCGCCGACCAAGAAGACGACGAAUCAAGAGACCCCACGACGCCAGUCACAGUCGUCCACCCACCGAGUCCGGAAUCAAAGGGGAGAGAUCUACCCACGCCACCGCCGGAGGAAGGCUGA